AUGCGUCGUCGUGUGACUGAGUUGGAAGAGGAAGUGGGCAACCUUAAAAAGAUUAAUAUCUCCGACAGCAAUAUGCUCUCUCGUAUUCGUACGGAUGUCGAUCAAGAGUCGCUGUCCCGUCUCGAUUACCAAAAUCGUCUGCAAAUGUUAAUUGAAGAGAUCGAUUUCACAAAACAUGAGCACGAGCAGGAGGUUAUGGACUUACAAGCGGCUGCCGUCCACGACACUACUCCUGAGAAUCGAGAGUACUUCAGAAACGAGCUUGCCGGGGCCAUUCGUGAGAUCCGCGCUAAAUAUGAUCAGGUGAUGGUCGGAUAUCGUAGUGACAUCGACUCGUGGUACGAACUAAAAGUUCGCGAACUAUACACAUCGUCAAAUCGUCAAAACAUUGAGAGAGGUUACACUAAACAAGAGGUGACCCGUCUCAGAAAGCAAAUGGGUGAUCUGCGCGGUCGCUUAGCAGAUUUUGAAGCUCGAGUUAGUUGGCUAUGGAGAUUUUUAUGA